UAUCACAAAACUAUGAAACCCCAUAGUACAUACAUUACACUUUCCUCCCCCACUAGAUUAAUUAUACCGAGAAACAUGAAAUACAAAACCAAAACGUACUGUAUAACAUCAACAGGUACUCCAAAAAAAUGUUUCUAAUUAAACAUAGCUACAAAUCAAGCCUUUGAGGAGGUUUUCUAGAUCUCUCAGGAUAACGUCUCUGUAAGCCUAGGUGAGAUUUAGGUGCAGGUGCAACCGGCACUGUGACAUCUGGUUCAUCUUCAUGCGACUCAGAUUCAUUCACGUUAACUGAUGUAGGAGGGGUAGUGUCGACAGCAUUGUUGUCCUUGACAUUCAAAUCAGGGGCAGGUAAAGGUGGGGAUUUUGUCUGGCAAUCCACCAACUGAUCUACAUGGCGUCUCCAAGUGUUCUCUCCAACCUUCACUGUGUACGUCAAGGGUCCAGUUCUGGUGGUGAUAUUACCUGGUUGGCACUUUUCCAAUCUGUAGUCGGGUGCUAAGACCUCUUGUCCAACUCGGAAAUUGCUUGUAGGUCUAUCCUUCAUCUGCUCAAUUUGUUUGUUUUCCACGUAACGACGAACAUUGGGUUUGAUGAGAUCCAAGCGAGAUCUUAAGUUUCUCUUAAGAAACAUCAUCGCUGUUGUUUGGCCUGUCGUGGCAUGUGUUGCAUUUCUGUACAUGAAAAGAAAGUUGUCUAUUUUGUGUUGUAGUGAAAUGCUGUCAUUGUCCAUUGCUUUUAUUGCUUUCUUGAAAGUCUGUACAAACCUUUCUGCCAAGCCAUUAGUGGCAGGAUGGUAUGGUGCAGAAGUGAUGUGUUUGACACCAUUCAGCUUCAUGAAUUUCUGAAACUCGUCUGAGACGAACUGUCAUCCAUUAUCUGUGCAUAUCUGCUCUGGCAACCCGUUCCUGGAGAAUAUUGUUCUCAAUACCGAAACAGUUUUCAGAUGUGGUUGUCUUCAUCGGAACAACUUUAGGCCAUUUAGAAUGUGCGUCCACGGCGAUCAAGAACACGGAGUCCCUAAAUGGUCCAGCAAAGUCAACGUGCACUCGUUGCCAUGGUGUUGACGGCCAUUCCCAGGAAUGCAAAGGAGCUAAUGGUGGACAGUUCUGGGUCCCUUGACAUCCAGGACAAGCCUUUGCCAGAUCCUCAAUCUGCUUGUUGAUUCCUGGCCACCACAUAUAACUACGUGCAAGAUUCUUCAUUUUUACUGUGCCCAAAUGCCCUUCAAGUAAUGUGUCCAACAUCUUACUGUGCAAUUUGGAGGAAAUAACAACUCUUAAUCCACACAUCACCGUCCCUUGACAAACAGAAAGCUGUUCUCUUCUCGCUGAGAUUGCCGGAUACAGUGAGAUGCCAUGUGCUGGCCACCCGAGAACUGUGAUGUCAUAGACUUUGGACAAUGUGGGGUCAUUACGGGUUUCUUUCUGAAUAGUGGCAUUUGUUACAGGUAACUGACUCACAAUUGUGGUGUGAAACACGUCAGCUGGAUCCACACUAUGUGACUUGUCUGUUGACUUCAGUGGCAGACGUGACAAGCCGUCUGCGUUGCCAUGUAGUUUGGUGCCUUUGAACUCAAUAUAAUAUUGGUGAGCACCCAAGAAGAGUUACCAACGCUGCAGCCUAGCUGAGGCCAUUGCUGAGACACCCCUCCGCACAUUGAAGAUCGAGAUCAAGGGCUGAUGGUCUGUGAUCAGAGUGAAUCUUUGACCAUAUAGGUAAUGGUGGAACUUUUUUACACCCCACACAAGACAAAGUGCUUCUCUGUCUAUUUGUGCGUAGUUACGUUCAGCUGCCGUUAAUGAUCUUGAUGCAAAGGCUAUCGGUUUUUCUGUGCCUUCUGGAAACUUGUGUGACAGCACAGCACCAAUUCCAUACGGCGAUGCAUCACAUGCCAGCCUGAUGGGUAUGGAUGGAUUGAAAUAUGUCAGCACUAUAUCAGAAGUUAUGAGCAUCUUGGUCUUUUGGAAAGCUUUUUCGCAACUGUCUGACCAUUUCCACUGUGUUCUUGUUUGCAACAGUGCGUUCAAUGGGUGUAGCACGGUCGAGAGGUUUGGAAGAAAUUUGUGAUAAUAGUUCACAAGUCUGAGAUAUGAUCGGAUUUGAGACACAGUGGGUGUGGUGCAUUUAACACAGCUUCAAUUUUGUCCUGUGUCUUGUGUAGACCAUCUUUGUCUAUCACAUGACCACAAUAAGAAAUCCGAGACUUGAAGAACUCACAUUUUUCUUUGUUAGCUCUUAGUCCAUACUCACACAGUCGAGUCAGCACACGUUGUAGGUUUUGGAGGUGAUCUGCAUCAUCCUUCCCUGUUACAAUGAUAUCGUCCAGGUAACACUGCGUUCCUGGAAUACCCUGCAGCACCACAAGGCAGGGGCUGAUGCAAUUCCAAAAACAAGACGGUUGUACUGAUAGAGCCCCUUAUGUGUGUUGAUGGUCAAGAAUUUCUUGGAUUGCUCAUCCAUCUCCAUUUGGAGGUAUUCUUUGGCCAGGUCAAUUUUUGAGAAGUGUUCUCCACUGGACAAGGAUGCGAAAAUAUCUUCAAUGUGUGGCAGGGGGUACUGUACUGGAUGAAGAGCUGGAUUAAUGGUCACUUUAAAGUCGCCACAAAUACGCACAUCCCCUGUCUUACCAUUUUUGAUCACAGGAACUAUGGGCGUUGCCCAUUCACUCCAUUCAAUUUUAGUCAGGAUUCCUGUUUUUUUCCAAAUGAUCCAGCUCUGCCUCCACCUUGGGACGAAUUGCAUAUGGGACUGGGCGGGCUUUAAAGAAUUUUGGAGAAGUGUCUUCUUUUAACUCCAGAGUCCCUUUUAUUCCUUUAAGUGUUCCUAUUCCUUUCUGAAACACAGGUUCUGCAUUUUGUACAAUUUGUGAUAAGGUCAUUUGUGUCUCUUUGUUUGUAAUUUGCUGGGACACAUUCAAGUUUUUUAUUGCGUGCCAGUCCAGAGGUAUUUUCCUCAGCCAUUCGCGUCCGAACAAUGCAGGCCCUCCAUUUUCCAGGACAUACAGGUUGAGCUGUUGCUGAUUUUCUUUGUAAUUCACAGUUACUGGUAAUUUUCCUUUUGGAGACACAUUUUCACCAGUAUAAGUCUUUAAUAUCACUGAUGUCUGUUGCAGUGGUAUUUUUGAAAACAGUCGUUUGUAAUCAGCUGCUGAGAUGACCGAUAAGGCAGAUCGAGUGUCUAACUCCAUCUUGAGUUUAACACCUGACACUUCUGACUAGAGUUGGAGUACUCGGACUCGCACUCGGACUUGUCACGCACUCGGGCAGCAGUAGCAUCAUCUUAUGCUGGCAGACGAAACACACACAUCACUCACUGGAUAUCAAUGUGUGGCUAGGACGAUGUCUUCAAAGUCAGCAAUAAUUUGUUUUGCUUACGAAAAUCAUAAAGAAUUUAUUUGCAAGACAUUCGGUAAAAAGAAGCACUCUGUGGAUUGCAAAUUUUGCAAAACAACUCUUACUGAUGUUUCUGGCACGACUUGUUCAGAGAAAAUUCUACCGACAUGUUCAGAGAAAACAUAAAAAAAGAAUAAGAGAGUACCAAAGACAGCAGCAGCAACCAACAGACGACUAGCCCAGCAUUGCAGGAUUUGCAAGACCAGAAUUGACCAAACAAGCAGUGCAACUUUACGAUGCAAGUUCUCCAAGACAACAAGAAAUUCAUAAUGCCAUCAUUAAGGAUCUCCUCAUUGGCUGCACUUUACCUCUGUCAAUUGUUGAAAAUCAGCAUUUCAGGCAUUUCUUGAAAGUAAUGGACAACAAAUACACUCCCAUUGCAAGAAAAACAAUCACUGAAAAACACAUUCCUUUGUUGGUUGAUCAGGUGAAAGAUUCAAUUAAAAGGAAGCUCCAGACCCAGUCAUCUGUGUCCAUAACUGCUGACAUAUGGUCUGAUCGAACCAUGCGGACCUUCUUUGGUGUUACAGCCCAUGGAUUAAACCAAGAUGAAAAUCAUCUGGAGUCCUUUCUUUUAGACUGUAGGAGGUUUUGUGGCAGACACAGUGGAAACAACAUAGCCAUGGCAUUUGACGAGAUCAUUGAGGAAUAUAACAUAGCAAGUAAAGUCAGGUACAUUAUUACUGAUAAUGCAGCCAAUAUGAAGUGUGUGUUCAAAGUCAAGCUGCCACAGGAAGAGCAGCACAGUGAUGGCAGUGAUGCAGAAGAGGAAAACUUGAAUGAUGAGAGUCUUUGGGAGGAUUUGACCUGGGAAGACGAGACUAUCAUGGUGAGAACAAGACAAAGGCUGUCAUGUUUUGCACAUUCUCUGCAAUUAGUUGUACAUGAUGGAAUGAAAGAAGCCAAGGCCUUUUCUUCAGCACUUGCCAAAAUGUCAAAAUUAACCUCAUUACUUCACACAAGUACUACAUUUAAAGAACGAUUUGAGGCUACAUUUGGGACAGAUAGAUCAAUUCCUGCAGCUACAUCCACACGCUGGAACAGUACAUUCAAGCAGCUACAGGCCCUUACAGCACUUGAUCAUAGGGAUCUCACACAAAUUUGCAGUUCAGACUUUCAACAUGUUCUUUUUUCAGUUCGUGAAUGGAAUCAACUGAAGGAUUUAGGUUCUGUUCUCUUUCCUUUUGCGGAAGCAACAGACAUUACAGAGGGUGAGAAAAUGGUCACUAUUAGUAUGGUGGUCCCCACUGUACUUGAUUUAAACACUCAUCUGCUCCAAAUAUCAGAGUCAUGAAGUCAUUGCUGGCCACUAGCCACAGCCCUUCAGCAAUCACUUUUAAAGAGAUUCUCUGGGAUCUUUGUGAGAACAAAAAUGAUUGAGCAAAAUGGGAAAGUGGACCAGUUCAAUCAUAAUGUGUAUUUCUUGGCGACAAUGCUUGAUCCUCAGUUUGGCUUGAACUGGGUUGAUCUAGAUGUAACCAACAAUGAGAGUCCAGAUUCGGUGAAGAAAUUCAGAGAGGAUAUGAAAAGAACAUUAUAUAGAUAUUUUGACUGCAGAAGUUGAGGCCACAGCAGAUGGAGACAUGCUGCAUUCUGGAAGUGAUGCUGAUGAAACCUCAGAUCCUGCUCCUGGCAAAUGCACACGACUUCUAGCUCGCUAUCGAGCCCACAUGCACCUGAGACACUCAGCUAAGGAUGCAUGCAUUUCAGCUCAGAUACACAAGUACUUUGAUGCCAUUCAAGACACAGACACAAAUACAGCACUUGAAUUUUGGUUGACAAAUAGGGAGAGAUUCCCACAGUUUUACUCUCUGGUUGUAAAAGUGCUGUCUAUUCCAGCAUCCUCUGCACCAAUAGAGCAUGUCUUUAGCAAAGGUGGCCUCAGCGUGAGACCACAUCGUGCACACUUAACUCAUAAAAUGGUCACAGCACUUGUAUUUUUGAAAAGCAAUAUGGCCCUGGUUUAGUGCUUGACUGUGCACUAUAGUACAUUUCAUGCUCAGUGUUCAUUACAACUCAUGUUACAAGACCAGAGAGCUGUGUUCAGAAAGGAGAUUGUUGUUGAUUAAGCACCGUAAUAAAGCUUUAAAUUUGUUGUUAUGACUAGCUGAUAGAUUUAAACUCUAGUUUGAGUAUUUCCUCAGCCUAUUUAAAUGUGGGGGAGAGGCAUUAAAUAAUUGAAAUGUCAGCUUUAACUGAAGGACAAUAUAGUGUGAUACAAUAAUAAAACGGGUUCAUUUGUAUUUUUAUGCACUUGUAAUACAAUAAAAGUUCUACAU